AUGUUGGUGGCUCUGCUGAUCGCCCUCAGCUACGUUGGCCUUCACACCCUCUGGCAGGCCCAGGCUGUUCCUAUCCUGCCCCUGGGCCUGGCCCCAGACACCUUCGAUGAUGCUUAUGUGGGCUGUGCAGAGGAAAUGGAGGAGAAGGCAGCCUCCCUGCUAAAGGAGGAGAUGGCCUGCCAUACCCUGCUGCGGGAGUCCUGGGUGGCAGCCCAGGAAGCCUGGGAGCACAGGCGUCGAGGGCUCACCCUACCCCCUGGCUUCCAGGCCCAGCAUGCAGUGGCCAUCAUGGUCUAUACCAACUCAACCAACACCUUGUACUCAGAGUUGAACCAUGCUGUGCGGACUGGUGGUGGCUCCCGUGAGCUCUACAUGAGGCACUUCCCCUUCAAGGCUCUGCAUUUCUACCUCACGCGGGCCCUGCAGCUGCUGCGGGGCAGCGGGGGCUGUAGCAGGGAACCUGGGGAGGUGGUAUUUCGAGGUGUGGGCAGCCUUCGUUUUGAACCUAAGAGGCUGGGGGACUCUGUCCGCUUGGGCCAGUUCGCCUCCAGUUCCCUGGAUGAGGCAGUGGCCCGCAGAUUUGGGCAGAAGAAGCGGGACUGUGUGUUGGCACCAACAGGGGAGCUGCCAGACCCACCCUCCAAGAAGGCCUUCUCUCUGCUUUCCCGGAAAACCAUGCUGUUGGCUCCUGGGGGGUUCCAGUUCUCAGGAGCUGGGCCGUGA